AUGGCUUGCUUGGCAUGCCUUCUUGCCUUGGCAUUUGUUGCUGCUGAAGCACAACAGAUGCAGUCGAAUAUAAGCCAAGGCUCCUCUUUAACACCAACCACCAACUCCACAUGGCUGUCUCGUUCUGGUCUAUAUGCCUUUGGAUUUUACAGGCAAGGCAAUGGCUAUGCUGUUGGGAUAUUUCUUGCUGGAAUUCCCCAAAAGACAGUCGUGUGGACUGCGAAUCGAGAUGAUCCACCAGUCUCCAACAAUGCCACCUUGCUCUUCACAGGUGACGGCCUUGCCUUGCCAACAGCAGAAGGCCAAAAUUACUUGGUAAGUCCUUCUGGCUCUGCUUCUUAUGCUUCCAUGCUCGAUUCGGGUAAUUUCGUGCUGUACAACUCUGGUCGGGAAAUAGUAUGGCAGAGCUUUGAUCAUCCAACCGACACCCUUUUGCCCGGUCAACGCCUUUUAUCAGGAAACGAACUUUUCUCUGCGAAAUCAGAAGCUGAUCACUCAACGGGGAUUUUCCGUCUCAAAAUGCAAAAUGAUGGAAACCUUGUUCAGUACCAUGUAGAUACUCCAGACACCAGUGCUUAUGCUUAUUAUUCGUCUUUAACUGAUGGCGCGGGAGAGAACGUGACACUUUAUUUCGGUGCUGAUGGCCAUCUCUACUUGCUCAACAGGAAUGGUACGAAUAUUCAGAAUAUAACAGAGGGAGGUCUUCCUACUGAUGAAGGAAAACUUUAUCUUAUGAGAAUUGAUGUAGAUGGGAUAUUUCGUUUGUAUUCACAUGAUUUGAAAAAGAAUGCAAUUUGGUCAGUUGAGUGGGAGUCUUCCAAGGAUAAGUGUGUUCCUAAAGGCCUAUGCGGAUUUAAUAGCUAUUGUGUCUUAAUUGAUCUAGAGCCUGACUGUAGAUGUCUUCCGAGAUUCGAAUCUGUCAACCCGGGAAAUCAGACAUCCGGGUGCGAGAGAAACUUUGUUGCGGAUGCCUGCAAAAACAGGAAUGAGAAUUUCACUUACACCAUGGAAAAGCUGGAAAACACAACAUGGGAAGAUAGUUCGUAUAUGAGUUUGAGAUUAUCCGACGAAGACGAUUGCAUACAAGGCUGUCUGGAGGAUUGUAACUGUGAAGCUGUGUUUUUUGACGGUACAAAAUGCAGAAAGCAGAGGCUUCCUUUGAGAUAUGGUAGAAGAGACAAUGGAACUUCAGACAGAGCUCUCAUCAAGGUAGGUGUACCUACAAAACCAGAUACAGAUCCUAGAAUCGUUCAACCAGGAAGCAAGAAAAAAGGUAGAACUGACAUCCUCAUUAUUGGUCUUUCAUUUACUGCUUUGAUCCAUUUUGUUGUUGAUUUCCGUGAUUGUGUUGUGGUGAAUGGUGACCUUGAAUUGGCAUGUAUAAGAAUGAGUGCUGUGAAUGGUGACCUUGAAUUGAAUGAGAGUGUGGCUCCGCGACGAUAUGCUUAUGAAGAGCUAGAAAAGAUGACUAAUAAUUUCAAGGAAGAGCUUGAUAGAGGAGCCUCGUCAACAGUUUAUAAAGGGCUGAUUUUGGGUAGCCAAAAGCCAGUUGCUGUCAAAAGAGUUGUGUUUUCAAAGGCAUGCCUUCGCGCGCGUCGGCGCGAGCCAGAGCGAGGCAGCAAGAGAUCGCCUGAGGCGGUCGGCUGUUCCGCAAGCUGCACGUUUAGCACGGUGAGGCGUGGGAAGGCGUGA